UGCGCUCCCCGUAAGCAACAUGAAGGUUUAUGUCCUCCUGAGUACGCUUGUCUUGUCGGUCGUCGCUGAACCGCCAGUCAGCCGCUCGUACCUGCCCCCCAGCUCUGAGUACGGACCUCCCUCGGCCUCCUCUCUCAGCUCUCAGUACGGCGCCCCAGCAGCCAACGGCCUCAGCACGCAGUACGGAGCUUCUGCGCUGACAGGCGCCGCUUUCGGUCGCUCUGGCGCUUCCAGCCAGGGUCCAGCGGCUCGUGUCUCCUCCAGCUUUGGAAGCGCCUCCUCCAGGAGGUUUGGAGCCGGUAGGAGGAUCGGCGGUGGUCUCUCCACUCGCUAUGGUGCUCCUUCGGCAGCUGGACGUGCAGCUGGCUUUGGAGGACUCGGUCUGUCCACACAGUAUGGCGCCCCUUCUUACUCUGGUGACGCGCUCUCCACUCAGUACGGUGCGCCCUCAGGUAAUGCUGGAGGCCUGUCUCCAGUCUAUGGAGUGACCGGAUUCGGCUACGGCCGCGCUGGAGGGCAAGAAGAUUCUAUGGCCGAGCCGGCCAACUACGAGUUCAGCUACUCGGUGCAGGACGGCGAGACGCUGAGUGACUUUGGACAAGAGGAGUCCAGGCAGGGGGAGAGCGCCCAGGGCCAGUACCGUGUGCUGCUGCCUGACGGCCGCAAGCAGAUCGUCUCCUACCAGGCGGACGAGGGCGGCUACAGGCCCACCGUAGAGUACCAGGACACCGGACUCACCGCCUAUUCCACCGGCGGAUACGGCUACGGCAGAGGGCGCGCCGGAGCUGGAGCUGGAAAUGGUGGAUACCAAUACAGACGAUGAUGCUCAGUUGUUUUGGCUCUAUCAGGACGAAAUUCUCAUAGACAUACAUUAUUUAUUUUAGAUUUUUUGUUAUCUAAUUUCUAGUGAUUUUCUGAGCUUAUCACAUACUUCCCAACUGCUCAAACAUCUACAUGCGAAUGAUUUUUGUACCUUGAUAAUCGUAAAUAAAAUGAAUUUUAAUAAUAAU